CUUGACGUUUUGGAUUUUACGCACGAAACCCCUCUGCUGGAUUCCCGCAAGUAUUAUGCUCUUGCUUUACGUUCAUUUAGCCUAGGCUUAUUUUGUGAAAUUCGUUGAUAUUUUGUCAAAAUAUUAUAUAAUUGAAAUGUAUGUUACAUUCGAAAUGUGAUAGGCCUAUGUGUGAGUGAGAGAUAACAAAUGGGCUUUUCAGACAGAAGACGGCGAAGACCUCCAUCCAUCAACUGCUCGAUAUCGACCUCGUUCUAUUUGUCAUAUUCUAUUCAAGGUUCUGUAUUCCGAUGUCGACAACAUGAGAAAGGCAUUCAUAAAACACGUCAAAAAGUUUCCGUGGUUUACCAACGUAACCCUCUACGGUUGCCUGUUUGCCGGUGGGGAUUUCGUUCACCAGUUGUUCUCGCGCAAUGAAAAAAUGGACUGGAGGCAUACACGCAAUGUGGCAGUGGUCGCUUUCAGUUUCCAUGGCAACUUUAACUUCUUCUGGAUGCGGUUUUUGGAGCGCAGAUUUCCCGGGAAUUCGGUCAGGAUGGUUGUGCGUAAACUUUUCUUGGACCAGACCACAGCUGCUCCUCUGGCCACUAGUGUAUUCUACACAGGGGUGAGUUUCUUAGAGGGCAAAGAGGACAUUUUCCAGGACUGGAGGGAGAAGUUCCUGAAUACAUAUAAGACUGGACUCAUGUUCUGGCCAUUCAUGCAGUUCCUGAACUUUUCCAUGGUGCCUCUGUACAUGCGGACCACCUUCGCAGGGUGCUGUGCCUUUGUCUGGGCCACCUUCCUGUGUUUCUCACGUCAGAGUGGGGACGGCACGGCUAACGCCGCCAUCGCAUGGAUGUUUACUCCAAAACAGGAUAGGACGACAGAGCCUGAAGCGGAGAAACUAGGGCCCAAAGUGGACCAGACAGGGCCCAAACUAGGCACAGAAGGACCCAAACCGGAGAACCCAAGCCCCAAAGAGGAGACACAAACACCCACUGUUAAGCAGGAUGACCAAGCAUGAACAAAGGAGGUGUGGAGGCUAGUUUGAACAAGGGCGCACAAACUGACACAACACCCAGCCAGGAGAGGGGACCACAGACAAGCACAGACUCAAAAUGAAUCUCUGGUAGAUGCUAGUUCUAUAGAACCUUCAGAUAAGAAUACUGUCUAUGUAUGAAUCUUAUAUCUCAAAAUGUUCUCAUCUUGAAACGUUCAAUUCCAAUGUGCUAUGCUACUGCACAAGAUGUCGGCAGGGUGUAACGUAUUGCUAUACAAAGGGGCUUUGUAUUUAUUGAAGUUGUUAUUGAUAACAAUUGGAUCCAGCAUUCUUUAACAAACCAUACUUGAACAUGGAAGUGCUUGUACUACUGCACUUAUCUUCCCCUUUCUCCAUCUCUCUCUAUAUCUCUCUCUCUCCCCCUCAUGACAGACAACUUGUAAAAUCAGUGUGUUGUACAAUGUGUUGUACAAUGUAGGCUAUUUUAAAUGUUCUGCUCUUAUCUCUGAUGUCUGAAGGAAUGAGUGUGCAUUUCCAAUUAGCAUUGAGUCGUAGUGAUUCACAAAUCUUGUUAUUUGUUUGUUUCCUAUCUCCUGUCAAACAUCACAUAUUUCUGACAACAUUAAUAAUUUAUCCAAUCUAUAGUAGUAGAUACAUAUGUUAAUACUAUUUACAAUAGUUGAUAAUCAAUGCUUGAUAUAGAUUUUUGCUUGAUAUUAUUAUCCGUUAAAAAAUGUUUGAAAAGAUUUUCCAUUGCACGUCCUGAAUGAACAUAACUCUGAAGUGGCUCCUACGCAGAUGAUAUUCACAUCACAAAUCUGCUUCCCCUCAGAAUCUGCGUCCACCCUCCUCCUUCUCCUCCUCCUUCUUCUGUCAAGGCUCUCAUUAUGCUGACCAGUUGAUUAAUAAACAGAUGUUCAGGGUAUUGAUUAGGCAGCUUGUUUUAAUGCGAUUAUUGUGAUUAUACUGGGUUAAUUAGAGUAUGUGUCUGGCUUGGCUCUGGCAGUGAUGACAGUGAAGCUAAAUUGAUAGGGGAGCCUGGUAUUUCUUCGAAUAGUGAUUGUGGGAACUUGGGAGGAUUAAAUUGUACUGUAUGUCUGAAUAACUGGGAUUACAGUAGAUAUUGUGUGGAGAAUGCUGAAACUACUGCUGUUGUCAUGAUAUAUUAUAUUUCCUAUCAUGUCUGUACAUGAUCCAACUAGUACAUAAUGUUUAGCAGGGCAUUAUGUACCUGUCGGUACUAUAGGGCUAUAUUUAAUUGUUUUUAUCUGUGGGAUCAAUCUAAAAACAUAUCUGUAUUUCUACUAGUACACAAUUGUUAUACAUUGUAAUAUGAUUAAUAUGAUAUUUUACUAAAUAUUUUGAAUGUACGCCUAUUGGUGCACAUCAAUCCAAGUCCAUUGUGAGACUAACCUUGCAUCAGAUUUAAUAUAUUUAUUAUUGUAAAUUAAAAUUAAAACAUCAUCAA